AUUUUUUUAAGAUCCACGUGUUGCAGUUUGUUUCAAAUUAUACCGAAAAUAGUAGAAAAAGUUGGCUAAAAUUUAUUAGACUUUGUGUAAAAGUAAUUAUUAGUAGUUGUGAAUAAAUGUCCAAGGUGUUUCAUUCUACAUGGUGCACCAUAAAAUAUGAAAAAAGUCUCAACGAAGAAAACACUUAGGCUUAAGAACAAAAAGAAGAAAAUGGCUGCUUUGGUUGGCAUAUCACAAUUGAAUGAAUAUGAUCGAGCUCAGAAAAAGUCCAAGGAAGUAAAAGAGGUUGAGAAAUCUGAGGCAGAACCCAAUCCAAAACGUGUAAAGAUAUCUGAUAACAGUGAAAUUGUAGCAAAUGAAAGUGAACCCCCGUUGAUUGGAACGUCCGGUAAACCGAAGUUGAGCGGCGCCGAAUACGCAGAGCUGAAGAAAAUGCUCCGCGAACGCUCCAACAAACUCCGCCAGAGCCCGAACUUCCAUCUGCGCGACAUGGGCGAGUACGCUUCCAUCACCGUCGACCUCGACGACAGGAUGCCGUUGUUCUUGUCCGAUAUCCAACAUUUGAUUAUGUACUCGCAGAUCGGUGUCCACUCACCUUAUUCGCCAGCUCGUUGGUGCUCCCUGGAGAAGUACAACAGGCUGACGAGCGUUAACGUUAUGGUCGUGGAGAAUUUAUCGCUGUAUGAUUUUUCAUCGGCCCAGAGCCAGUUUCCGACUCUCAAUAAUUUUACUCAUCAGCUCGAAGUGGUCACGCCGAAGUCGUACAUGAGCGACGUCAUUAAAGAUUUGUCUAUGGUGCCAAUCACUGGUACACAAAUGAAGAGGUUCAUCGAUAAGUUUGGAACUAUCGAGUCGGCUGUUGAGAAAAGCGACGAUGUAUUCGACACGAUUAGGAAUACCUUCCCUAUAGAAUCGCCUGAAGAAACUGAUUCAAAUGAGGCGUCCAAAUCCGGUGAAUUGCCCCCAACCGAUAAAUUUUCUCGAACGAAACUUUUACUUUCUGGCUGGCAGAUGGUUGAAGAAAACUACCCAUUGCCCAUUAAAGGAUUGAUGGAGCGCAAAUAUCAGGGAUACGCCCUCACCAAGGACGAGUACAGUCCUGUCACAGCAUUUAGCCCAAUGUUGGCUUUGGAUUGUGAGAUGUGCAAGACUUCUACUGGGGAAAUGGAACUCACCAGGGUGUCUAUAGUAGAUGAGAAACAUAAAACAAUUUACGACAAAUUGGUUAAACCAGACAACAAAAUCGUUGAUUACUUAACAAGGUUCUCAGGAAUAACUCCAAAGAUGAUGAAGAAUGUUACCACAAAACUGAAAGAUAUUCACGAUGAUUUAAGAAAACUAUUGCCGAAAGAUGCCAUAAUUGUUGGUCAGUCACUAAGUAACGAUUUCCAUGCACUAAAAAUGAUGCAUCCUUAUGUGAUAGACACAAGCAUCAUUUUCAACAUAACCGGCGAGAGACUUAGGAAAACGAAGCUGCAAACUUUAUCAAGGGAAUUUUUACGUGAAAGAAUCCAAGAAAGUAGAGGAGGGCAUUGCUCAGCAGAGGACAGUUUAGCGUGCAUGAAAUUGACACAACUGAAGCUCAAGAAAAGCCUCUUCUUUGGUGAUGCAGUGAUGGGAAGUGUAAAUGAAAUUAAAGCAUAUCCAGAUCUUGCAUCGUAUCAGUAUGCAACUAGUAUGUUAAAACAGUGCACCAGAGCUGAUCAGACUGCCACUGUCGCAGCGGUUGCGGAUCUGGCGAAUAAAUAUAAGUUUUACGUUUCCAAAAAGGAAGAAGUGGAUUCCAAAAGUAUCAAGUUCUUUUCAGAUGAAAGUAACCAAGGAGUUGUUACGAAGAUGUGCGAUAACAUGAAAAUUAAUCAUUUAAACAUUGGCCACAUUAAAAUAUCUGAUGAUCAAUUAAACAAUGAUAAGGACAACACUUUUGCUGCAGUUAAUGGUUGGGUGAAAGAAAUGGUGGAUAACAACAAAAAACCGAGUUUGAACAUUGUUAUAUUUAGCGGACAUCAAAAGGGUGGGAAUGGAAUUUGUUUUAUAUACCUCAACAAGGAGAUUUUUAAAUAAAAGAAAGAUAUUAAUUGUACAGUAUCUUGAUUACUUGGUUGAUUACUUUGAGAUAUAUUCAUUGUGCUACUGUCUGUUAUUUAAAUAAUUAAAUAAAUAUUUACACGAAA